AUUAAACCGCAAAUCAUGCUGUUUAGUUAAGAAAAAGAUGAAGACCCAGUAUAAACAAAUAUGUUAAUACUGAAUUUUAUACAGUUUUCAUUUUUUCUUUUAAUAUUAAUGGAAGUUACUGGAGAUUUUUUAACUAGUUCUACAUUUAUUCGUGAUGAAACUACAGAACAACCAAGUGGACCAGCACCAACACCAGCUGAAAAAACAUUAACAAGAAUUAUCUUUACAAUAAAUGAUGAAAAUUUAGUUUCUCUUCAAAAUUCUAUUGAAAAGUGUAGAUUAACAAUAAUGGAUCUAUUAAAUAUUCUUGAAAAUCUAGAACCAUGUUGGUCAAAAUGAAAUAUUAUUUGUUUAUUCUAUUAAUCUGGUUAGUUUGAUGUAGAAGAGAUGAUAAAGGUAUCCAUUCUGAUACUCAUCAUAUAAAUGAACCCAUAUGUAGUCUUUCAUUAACGUUUUUUAAUCUUUCAACUUUCCUACAUUUCUUUAAAACAUGUAUUUAAACAAAAUCAACUUAUUUAUUUCUACACUAGUAAUAAUAAACCAUUGUAUUCU